CUUCAAAUGUGGGCGUAGCUAGAUUCCGCGGGAAAUAAUGUCAACAAAAACGACGAUGCUGCUGUUAGUUUUGGUGAUGUUUCAUAACAAAACGACGAUGACAGAAUAAUUUCAAAGGGAAGCAUUGGUGUAUUUCUUACCUCUCUUUUGAAAGAACUUUUUCUGCAACAUGGAGACUUCACAUAGAAUGCUUCGUACAUCUGUACACUUCUGCAUUUUCUUGAGUGUGCUUACAUGUACUUCAGCAUCUGUAGUUAUUCUUGAACACCCAGCCAGUCAGGCCAUCGUGUUUGGUCAAGACCUCUUCUUGAACUGCAAGUCACGCAAUCUCACGUCUGGAACUAGCGAUGGACUCGUAGUCCAAUGGCGACUCAACAACGGGUCAAUUGCUCCGAAGACUUCCAUGUAUCCCAACGGCACACUGCUGGUACCGGCCGUGUCGUCCUCUGAUAUCGGGAACUACACGUGCCUGGUGCAUGAUGCUGGGAACAAUUUAUUGGCAACCUCAUUCUCUGCUUCUGUUUUUCAUGCAUAUAUUAAGAUGUUUGAAGUGAGCCCCGUCCCGGCCUACGUCAUUGAGGAUGACAUGGUGUCGUUUGACUGCAUCACGGGCGAGAGUUCCCCUGCGCCCAGGGUAUUCUGGGAGAAAGACGGGGAGGUAUUUACAGGCGGGGAACAGUACGCAGCUACAUAUGGGGGAUAUCCUGCUGACUCUCUUGUCAUUCAGUAUUCCAUGCGUCUUACAUUCCGGGCCAAACCACACUUGGCAGGAGCCUACAGCUGCGUGGCUCGAAAUUCUGUGCUUAAAAUAGACGUGCGAAGCCUGAAAGUCAGGUUGCAAGUUGCAGAGCUAGAAGCUGCUCCCUAUGUGAUGGAGGACAUGGUCAUCACUGAAGUCAUCACGCCUCUAGCUCAGCCAAUGAUCAUAGACUGUCCAAUCUCUGGCAAGCCUGCGGUCACAGUCAAGUGGUUUAAAAAUGAUGCACCAGUCGAUGGCACAACUAACUUUUUUACGCUGAAGAACAACUCUCUCCAUCGGCCGCUUACAGUUCUUGCAGAUGAAGGGCGCUAUUUCUGCGAGGGAACGAAUUCUCUCGGAUUGAUUAGGAGUCCCAACGUAACUGUGACACUAGGCAGGAUUGAUUUAACAUUCCAAAAAUCACCUUCAGACCUUUACGUCAUAGCUGGACUCUCUGCCAAGCUUCACUGUACCCCACCUGUCAGUGUGCCGCCCGCGUCGGUGACCUGGUACAAGAACAACGCCUUGCUGGUACCCAGAUCAGGUGAGCAGGGUCUUCAGGUGGUGAAGACGGCUGGAGGCUCAUGGGAUAUCGUGUUUGAGGAGGUACAGAAGCAGGAUGAGGGGGAAUACUUCUGUGUCGCGUCCAAUGACCACGCCGUCCCUCGAACCCGUACAUCUCCAUCAGCUGUUGUGAGAGUUGGAGGUGCCCCCAUCUUCAUUGAGCCCCCAGUUGGCAUGACGAUUGAGAAGGGCAAGCUCUCACAGCUCACGUGUUAUGUGCAGGGGGACCCGUUCCCGGAGGUCACCUGGCUCUUUGAAACAACUGUGUUAACUACAUCAGAGAAGGUGUCUUUCAGACAAGGUAACCAGGAGUUGUGGAUUGGCAAUGUAAACAAGGCUAAUGAAGGGACGUACACGUGUCGUGCAGUGAACAGAUAUGGAACCAUUCAGACCAAGGUCUACGUUAAGAUACUUGUGCCCCCAGUUGUGCUCCAAGCGGUUGGUCAUACGAUAGCCAGUGUUGGGGAUACUGUCAUCUUGCCCUGCGGUAUCUACAGUGACCCCAGUCCCAGGGUUACCUGGUAUAAAGAUUCCGCCGCGCUGGUGAUGGGAGGAAGGUUCACACAGAUUCCUGAUGGUCUCUAUAUCACAUCUGUCCAGGUGUCGGACUCCGGUACCUAUACGUGCCAGGCCAGCAAUGUUGCCGGGGAUGUGGAGAACUCCGGCACCCUGGAGGUCCUUGUUCUCCCAUAUUUCACGACUAAACCAGAGAAUGUAACAGCAACCUCUGGAAUGAAUGUGACCUUGUCAUGUGUUGCUGGAGGGUAUCCAAGUCCUACUCUUACCUGGCUCUUUAAUGGCAGUUCCCUGUUCCCUAAAGACACGCUGUUGUCACUGAACCAGAAGCAGCUACUGUUGCUUCAGGUGUCAUGGUUACACGUGGGCCAGUAUUCCUGCAUAGCAACAAACAACAAGGGCUCUGCAAAGGCUGUAGCAACCUUGGCAAUCAGAGUUCCACCAAAAGUUGAGCAGAUUGAGGGAAUUCCUAUUCUCUAUCAGGGGGAGAGCCUCCUUCUGAAAUGUCAUGUGACCGGCAUACCGGCUCCCCUCAUUGAGUGGCAGUUCAACAGGCAGAGUCUGGCUCCCAGCACCAAUGGCCGAAUAUCGUUCCCAGCAUCUAACAGCCUUAGUGUGAAGUUUGUAACUGGGGGCGACGCAGGUAUCUACACUUGCCAGACUUCAAACUCUGCAGGAGUCAGCCAAAAGGAUAUCUCUGUUUAUGUGAUUGGUCGCCCCAGUCGUCCGGUUCUACAGAACGUGGAGACUCUGACAGCCACGAGCGUGAAGUUGACAUGGUCCAUUGAGCAGCGAGAACCACAAACACCUGUCACCAGAGUGGUCAUCAGCUAUAGGAAAAUUCUUGAGUCCUCCAUCCCAUACCAAAAUAUUCAGCUGGGAACCAACUUACAAGAGUACACAGUCCAGGGUCUGGACCCAGCAUCGGUCUAUGUGCUCAUGGUGUCUGCUGUCAACGAUGCAGGAACCAGUGAUGCCAGUAACCUGCUGGAAACCAAAACAUUUGAUGCGGGUCCUGAACAGCCCAGAAACGUGCAUGUCUCGGCUGUAAGUAGCGCGAAUGUGACUCUGACAUGGGAGAUUCCGCUAAUAACAAACGGGAAUAUCAAGAAGUAUGAGAUUGCUUAUAGGCAGAAAGGACUUCUUGCAGAAUUUCGAGCAGAAAUCUCUAGCAACCACACACCAAGUCAUGAUUACGUGAUAAAAGGCCUCACCCCCUAUACAUGGUACACAAUGGAGGUACGGGGGGCCACAAUAGAGGGGGACCAAACUCUCUGGGGGAACUGGUCAGACACAGUAGAGGCACGGACAGCACAGGCAGCACCCACUGGCUCAGCCAGAGAAGUGAGGGCCCAGCCAACAUCCACAGAAUCUGUACAGGUCUACUGGGAGUCUGUCCUUCAAGACAAACAAAAUGGUCCUAUCAGGAGGUACUAUGUCACAUAUUGGCUUCUUAGCAACCAAUCCAGGCCCAUAGGGGAGAAGGUCAUAGACUCACUUGACCUUCGGGUCAACAUCACUGACCUUGAUCCCUGGACCUGGUACGUUGUCAAGGUUAUACCUGAGAAUGCAGGUGGGAGGGGUGUUGCGAGUGACCCUGUAUCUGUGAGAACCUAUCCUGCAGUGCCUGCCGGUUCACCCAUAAGCGUGUCGGCAGAACCAAAAAAUUCGCAGUCAAUUAUCGUCCGUUGGAAGCCUCCUGCAGAAAAGGACUGGAAAAGUGAUCUGUCAGGGUUCAUAAUCCAGUACUGGAAUGAGAUGACCAGUGGCUCACUUACCUCUCUUGGAUUGGUUGACCUCUCAGCAUUGAUAAGUGGUCUGCAGCCUUAUACCCAAUACAAGAUACGCGUGGCUGCCUAUACGAGCCAACUCUCCAAUGGCAUUGGACCAUACAGUGAGAAUAUUACGGCUAAGACUCUACAAGAUGUUCCUGGACCAGUGGUGAACUUGGCUGCAGCAGCCACUGCCACAACGCUGAAAUUGUCAUGGAAACAGCCGGAGAAAACAAACGGCAUCAUCAGCCACUAUUUGGUGACCUACAUUCUGAUUGGACCCACUACAGUUACUGCACCACCAGAUGUCAGUGUCAAUAUAACUGAAUAUGCAAAUGGGAUUGUUGAAAAACGCUUGGAUAUAUUUUCAAAUUUUUCAACUGCAGUAACUUCAACUCAUUUCCUGCCAUUGGCGUUAAUCUGUGACAAGAUGUUUGGAAAUUCCACAAUUUUUGCUGAAUUUGAGAAUGUCACAGAUAUCAACCAAUCAGACUUUCUGACACAGUUUAAUGCUCCUAAGAUCGUUUCGGAUUGGAUGAAGACUUACAAUAAAGCUUUAGGACCGCUGUGCAAAGAGCUGAGAUCUGUUGCCCAGCAAUUGGACUUUGACAAAUCUGUGCUAGACAAACAGAUUCUGAUGAGUAGAAACAUCACAGCACUGAGCGUGACCUUGACCGAUCUAGACCCAGACUAUGUGUACAAUGUCACAACCACUGCGGCUACUGAGGCUGGAUACGGGCCUGCAGUGGUGAUCCAAGCAACAACACUAAAACCAACAGCAACGCCAAAACCCACUACAAAACUGCAGACGACGCUGAUAACCAAACCACAAACCACCGCAGUGCCACCUCUGGGUCAGCAGGAACAGCAGGUGUCCGAGCCAUUAAACCUGCCAGUCAUUGUUGGAGGCGGAGUCUCUGGACUGGUUCUCAUUUUAAUCAUAUUGCUGCUGAUUUGCUGCUUGUUCCUGCAACGUAGGAAGGCACAGUCUGAAGAAAAAACAAGAGUGAUUCAGGAGAACUUUGAUGACAAGCAAGUGAACACUAUCUAUGGGCAACUGGACCGUCCCAGGGGACCAGCCAUAGCUAAGGCGGCAGAGGACGGGACCGACUCCGUGGAUAUCCAUGGCGACGAGGUGCGCUUCUACUCGCCCCGGCAGUCAAAUAGGAAUGAUUCCACUCGCUCCUACAUAACCGACGGAAGUGGACAGAUCACCGCGAACAACGGCAGACGAAAGGACACCUUCAUGGGGCUGUCACUCGAGGAGACGGAAGCCGAUUCCAGCAUUGACCCCACCCACUUUUCAGGCCUGGCCGCCCCUGGGUCUGUGAAGGCCAACCCAGCCUUCUAUGACGAGUCCGCGUCCUCUAGUGACCUUGAAACCAUGUCAGUUACCAUGGCGUUCUCGGCCGAGGACACCCAGCAGCGACCACAGCCAGAAGACGCCGUCGUCAAGCGGACCAGCAAGAUGCGCAGCCUGAACGCGGCAGCCAUAGCACGCCAUCGCAGUAGCAACCUCCAUUCGCGCAUGUCCCGGGACGGUGACCGUACCGUCCUCAUUAACGACGACGUCCAGAUUGUGUUCAACGAACGGACGGCGCUGUAGAGACAUGCCUUGCUUAAGUGGCAUCGAACUGAUAGUUUGAUUGGCAUUUGUUACUAGCAUUUCAUAGAAUGAAAUACAUGUACUAUGAAACCAUUAUAAUUCGUUGGGUUUUUGUGUGUUUAUUUCGUGGUUACACGGUGUAGAUGCAUAUCGGUGGCCUUUCUGUCAAAAUGCUGCCACUCUGUUCAUUCUUGGCUGCCUCUCUGUCAGCAACCAGAAAAUGGAUGAUCGACAUUCACAAAACAUGUAAGAAAAUCUAAAAUAACCCCGUAAACACAUAAAAAAAGGUGGCCCAUGAGUUAAAGCAUAUAUCCAGCUACCGGUUCACAGUAUUCUGCAGGUCCAAACACUUAUCACAAACUCUAUCGAAGAUGGAAUGAUGACGAAGGUGGUGUAACAAUCGUGCAUACAUGCCACUUUGAUGACUUUUUAACAUAGCUUUUUCUAAAAUUGCUAUUUAGGCAGCAUUUUGACAGAAGGGCCACCGAUUUGCAUCUACACCGUGGGUUAGACUGAUCCAUUAAUUUAAGAUAGCACACGGGUCGAAGUAUGCAUCGUUCAAUUAUGUCGUCCUGAAUGUGUUUAUCGAAUGAAAGGCAAAGUUCUUCGUCUCGUUGACGUUUGGCUAAAUUUAUUUCAGUAAUCUAUUUUUGACGAGAUCAUUUCGUUAUUGUGUUGGUUUAUCUGACUGUUGUUAUUGUGAACUGUUUUCACCAACAGAUUUUAGUAUAUAUUGAUAAAUAGUUGUAUAAUAAAACCUUUCAGAUUAUUCACCUCUGAGGACAUUAUUACUAUUGUCAACGAACGAACUGCAUGGUAGAUUUACGUCUUUGUUAUUUUCAGCUGUUUCAUGAAAUGUAAUACAUAUUAAUCAAGUGUCUGUCGUUCAUUGAUGACUUAACGCUUCACUAACUCAUUCGAAGAUUCCAUUUCAGGAUUGAUUUCAACAGAACGGUUUUGUUGCUGGUCCAAUGUUGUGUUGAUUUUUAUUUGUGUCAUAAGAAGAAACACUUACCGCAUUCGGCCUUUUAUUUGUUAAUGUACAACGAUUGAUUUCAACGUACUUAACUCGAGAUGACAUAAACAUGAUGAUAGAUUUUCUGUAAAAUGUGUACAUUCAACACUGAAAUCCUAUAUAAGACAUGGAGUUGUCAUUAUUGGUUAAUUUUACAAUAUUUAAACAAAAUCAAGCUUGUAUAGACCCUAUAUUUUUCUUUACGAAUACGGGUUAUAAUUUAUACAUAAGAAGGAGAGAAACUAUAUAAGAAUUAUUUCAUUCGUUUCAAUCCUUUCCUUAUAUCUAUUGUAUUGUGUAUUUUGAUAUAUUGUACUUUCCAAAAGAAUUAAAUAUGUUUAAACUAUUUAUACAUACAAGUCCAAUUUAUCUUUUUUUGCUUUUCCUCCAAUCGCGUCGUAAGUUUGAGUUACUUUUUAUUAUUUUUUUUUUCAAUGGAAAUAUUAUUUGUGUCAGUUCAGUUCCGUUCAUGUACGCUUAUUUGUGUGUAACAUAGACACAGUUUUCCUUUAAUCGACUUCCUAAACUUCAGAUAUACGGAUCAAUUGACAGCCUCAAGCAUUUAAUAUAACAUUCUUACUCGACACACCAAAUGGUCUCUUUAGACAAGAAUUAAAUAAAGUGGGGAUAGUCUGCACUCAUUACGGGCUUAGCCUUGUGUAUUCACAUUAGUUCUCACGUAUUCCGUGAAACUGAACAGUGAAAUUUAAUUGAUAUAACGCAUCUAGUCAACAAAAUGUAAUGUAAUAGUGUUAUUUCUUUCUAUAGACAUACAAUUUGGAAUACUAAGCAAUCGGGUUUGCUUAUCCAUUUUUAUUGUGUUUUCAAAAGCUGGACUUUUGCAAUCUCCACGCAGAGUUGUCGUUCCUUGCUCUCACAUACAACUCUGCGAAAGGCUCAGCACGCCAUUUUGUCUAUAAAAUAGCUAAAACCGAACAAACGCAUUCAAUGUAUAUUUGAUUGGAUAUUUAAGAUCGCAUGCAUUAAAUUAAGAAAUAUGUCUUUUAAAUGUACGAUAAAUCGUGCUAAUACUUGCGAGUUUUAAUGCAACUCUUUGGAACUAUUGUAUUGCCCAUUUACGCAGAUGGAAUCAUUCCACGCACUUUACAUAUGUAAAUAAUUGAACAUAAUGUUUAUUGAGUGACGUUAGGAAUUGCUUCGACGUGUGUAUGUAUGUUGGUUUCUUAACAACAAAAAAAAAAUAUCAAUUUUAUAAUAAUGAAUUAAGACUGAUAUAAGCUAUCAUGGUAUGAGAUGGUUUUCUUUAAUGCAGUGAAUGCAAUGUAACCGUCGUGCAAGAGAUUGUUUAGUAUACUGUAACCUCAAUGAUGAACGCUUGGUAUGAUCAUGACAUGAAUGAGACGCUUUCAUAACAAUAGUCCGUUCUGAGCCCAACACAGAGGUGAAUGUAAUGUAACCGUCGUGCAAGAGAUUGGGACUUCUGCUGUUAUAUACUUUAAUUAGUAAUAAAUUAAGCAAAUAGUCCAUAAUGGCAAAAUUUUGUAACUGAAACACGUUCAAACGUGAGUUCAAUAAGUUUGCAUCUUGUUAAUGUUUAAGACGAUUCUACUUAGACGCAUGAAGUAAAAUUUGCCCAUUUCAUGUACUUCUUUCUUCUUAUUUUAUUGUUGUUAAUGAUGUUGUUGUUGUUAGUGUUGUUGUUAUAUUUCAAUAUUUAAUCAAACAUGUGCAAUGGUAUUUUACACAUAGUAGGCGCUUUUGAAAAGAAAAGUUCACACAGCCGUUUAACGUAAACAGCAAUAGUCACUUGUUAUUGUUUUAUAUUAUGUAUUCAUGUUGUACAUACAUUCACCGUCUUAUUACGUUAUUUGCAAACGAGCUGCUUUUUUGUCAAGGGAUCUUAAAAUCAGUUUUAGUUUUGGGUUUUAUUUGAUGUAAUGUACACUGAACUUGUUAUUGUUAUGAAUGUGUUACAGUGCGUUAUUUCGUAUAUUAUUAAAUGAUGUCUUUGGUAUUGUGAUAAAAAGGUUUAUUUACGAUACUAAUGUAAGAAAUUACAAAGCAAGGCUGUCUUGUCUAAGUUUUUCUUGUAUAUUUCGCAUACAUAAGUAGUUACAAUUAUUCAUGUUUGAUUGUUGGUAAAGUUAUAAUAAACUAGUAAUUUUGUGCAAAUGUUACAUAAAUAUCUCAGUGUUGUCCUAUGAUAUUCACAUUGAUGCACGGUUUUUGUAUUGGUAUUGAAUUUUAUUAAAACAUUGUUUGUAUGUUUCCGAAAACUGUUGCUAUUUAUAUAUGUGUAGUUGCCGUAUAAGUCUACUUUGUUAAGGUAAUGUCUGAUUAUUAUAUCAUAUCAUGUUAUAUUUAUAACAGAGUCGAAUAUUAAAAUAUAAAGCAUA